AUGACGCGGGCCGCCUCUUUCCUACUUGUGGCCGCGGCGGCCGCGGCGGGCGCUGCGGCCGACCGCGGCGCGCCGACCCGCCGCUGCGGCUGCCCGCUGCGGCUCGCCGGCGGCAAGCCCCUGGGCGCCAUCGUGCAGCAGAGCCCGACUCGCACGGGCAGCACGAUGACCUACAACAUGCUGACGAAGGCGUUCCCGGGCUGCUCCGUGGAGAAGUCGCACCGAAAGAAGGGCAUGGAGCGCGGGCGUGGGCCGCGGCGCCGAGGACCGAGCCUUUUUUCGCGGAACGUCGACCGCUCGAUUUUCCACGUAUGUCCGCGAGUUUGAGCCGAAACGAACGGUCCCGUACACGACACAGGUCGCAAUAACCCGCGGGCCCAUGACGCCCACCACGAGACCGUCACCGUGUCGACGACGCGGGACCCCUUCGACUCCAUCAUGUCUUAUGCGCUGCUGCGGUCCCCGGUGACACGGGCGACGCCAGCGAAUGUGUCGGUGGGCGAGCUCACGCAGGCGAUCGAGCACUUCGGGGUAUGGGGCGCGGACGACCUCGUGCGGUCGGGCUGUAGGAACGCCACGAACCGCUGGACCUUCCGCUACGAGCACUUCAACGCGCGCCCGAUGGGCAUCUUGGACGUCCUGGAAGAGGCGCUCGACUGCGCCGUGGACGAGGCUACCAGGGGCACUAUUAGGGCGACGGUCGCCAACGCCUCGUGGGUGGUGGCGACGCCCGGCGCAUCUCCACGACCGCACCACAUCUCCGCGACGCUCGGCCAGUCGCACGAGACCGCCAUGCUCCCCUGGCAAGUCGAGCAGCUCUGCAAGGAUGCAUCCGUGGCGCGGUUCCUCGUAACCUGUGGCUACGUCCGACAGCGCGCGAUGUGCGUGGGGGCAGCGCCGGCGCCGACGCGCGCGGCGCCGCGGGGGGGCUCCGCGCGCGCGCCGGCGCGGUCUCGGGCGCGGGUGGCGCGCGGCCGGGCGGGGGCGGGGGCGGCGCGUCGGCCGCGCGCGGCGCCCCGAACGUAG